AUGGUAGGAAAACAAACAAAUAUUUUUGAUAAAAUUAAAAAAGAAGAUAAAGAAUUAGGCAGCAAUAAACCAGCUGUUUUAAAAUUCUCACAAGGUUUACCACCACUUUCAUUUGUCGAAAAUGAUCCAGAAUUUGUUAGUUUAUCACACAACAAAAAAAAGAGAACUAUUAUUACCUCUACAGAUCAAUUAGAAUAUGAAUCACAAGAUAAUGAUUCAAAAUUAACAAAAUAUGCUAUUGGUAUUUUCGAUAAAGCUACUAAACAAUUAAAAAUUGUUCCAUCAAAAAUUUUAUCAAUGGAACAAUCUGUUAUUGGUUAUAAAUUAACAUUAGACUCCUCAUCUGGUUUAUCAAGAGAAGAACGUUAUGAUAAAGUUAAGAAAUUAGCAGAAAGUUUUGGUUCUAAAGUUACCAAGAAGAAGAUGCAAAAAUUAGAAAUGGAAAAUGUAGAAAACUUAGAUUAUGAAAAAACCACCCAAUCAAUUGCAGAUGUUAAAAAUGAAUUGGCAGAUAAAGAAUCUGAUGAAAAACCAUUUGAUUUACCAGAUUUUGAUGCAGAAACUAAUAAAGCCGAUGAAAUUUAUAAUAUUGAAGCUAUUCUUCCACCAAGAAUUUUCUUUGCAAUUAAUCAUCAAACAUUUUUAGAUAUCCUUUACGAAAAAUCAGAAGCACCAGCAUAUUUACCAGAAUACUUUAAAAAUCAAUUAGAUUUAAUGAAAGACGAAAAAGAUGAAGAUUUAAUUGUAUACAAAUGUAAAAUUUUAACAUUUAUGUGGUAUACUAUGAUAUUAAUGAAAUCAAGAGGUAGCCAUGACCCAUUAUUAAAAGAAGGUUGCACCAAUGAUAUUAUUUCAUUUUUAGUUUCAUUAUUUGGUAGUAAAACUGGUAACAAGAAAUAUAUAAUUUCACAAGACGACAAAUUAAAGAUUUACAAUUAUUUAGCUAUUUUUGCAUUAAAAUUAGAAGAUUUCCAAAUUUCAGAUAUUACAUUACUUUCUCAAGCUCUUUCACUUACUUCUAAUACAUUUGAAAAACAUUUUGCACGUGUUGGUUGCAAGAUUAUGAGAGUAAAUGCAGAUAAGAGAUCAGUUAGAUUAACCGCCCCUCUCCAACUCCCAAAAAACAAAUUCAGUAAAUAA